CUCAUUUGAUGCUGAAGCGUUUCGUCCGCCAAAAUUGCGUCUCUGUUCGAAGGCCUGUGUACAGCGUCCAGCGGCAUUCUACGAACGAUUCGACACUCCGCGCCAAACCUUGGUCUUUUCCAUUCGAGGAUGCACCGUUGCGCAAAAGCCAUGGGACCUCAACUACACGCUUCAACUUCGAAAUGGGUUCGAAAGCCGACACCUCUCAGUUCCAUAGCUGCUUCGAUGUUGCCGUCGAGAUGAAGCGACAUGGCUCUAAACCCGAUAUCCUCACUUAUAACACCCUUCUCCGCGCGCUUGCUCACGGCGGCUAUGCGGAACCAACGCUGGCAGUCCUCGAGGACAUGAUAACAGUGGGAAUUUCACCCGACACAACCUCGUUCAACCAUAUAAUCGAUGCUCAUCGUACUCAAAUCACAUCAUUUCUUCCCCCCAUCUUACGGCGGAUGGAGCAGCUGCAAGUGACGCCAAAUACGAAGACCUUCACGCUAAUAAUCACGCGCUUCGUUUCCGAAAACAAUCUGGAGACUGCGCUGCGCUAUUACUGGAUCAUGAAGAAUCACGGGGUAGCGGCGGAGGUCUCCGUCGCACAAGCGCUUAUUGUUCUGGCCGCGAACUCAGGACAUCCGCGGCUCGCAGUGGACCUGGCAGCAGCUUUCGAGACCGAGGGUGUCCGUAAGGUCGAUGUUUCCGUAUGGCUCGCCUGCCUUCAAGCCUCGGCUUCAGACUUAUACGCUGAAGGUGUACAAAAAUCCUGGGAUCAGCUGAAUGCACUCGGUGUUUCUCUGGACGAAGGGAUGUGUAUGCUUGUACUGCAUACAGCUGCUCGGAAUGGCCUUCCAGACCUGGCAGGAGGCGCUCUGCACGCUCUGCAGACAUUGUCGGUACCUUGGCAGGAGUAUCAUCUUGGCCCACUCUUCGAGGCAUAUUGUCGCGUGGGUCGUUUCGAGGAUGCCUUCGAAUCACUAUCCGUCAUGCGAGCAAACGGCAUUAUUCCGACAGCGCUGUCUGCCGCCUUUGUACUGGAGGUAACGAGAGCAGACCCGACGAAAGUGGCAGAGCUGUGGACUUUGCUCGAGAAGAUGAAGGAAAAUGGCAAGACCAUCGACCCAGCUGUUUUCAGCAGUCUACUUCAGGCGUCGUUGACCACGGAGCCUUUGGCCCAGGCUUUGGGGCAUUACACCAAGACCAAGCUGUUCGGUGUAGAGCUGGGAACUGAAAUAUUCCACAUUUUUAUCAACGCUUGCAUCUCCGCCAAGAAUGCCGCUUUCGGAGAACUAGCGUUCCGCCAGCUGAUCAAUGCGGGAGCCACACCGGACCACGAUGUGUACGGGAAAAUGAUCGCUCUGCAUCUGACCCAGGAGACAUACGAUGAUGCAUUCCACUACCUCGAACAACUUCAAGCAGCCGGAUUCACUCUGGCGCAGGAAUUGUAUGAGGCGCUGGUGCUCAAAUGUGCAUCGCACGGGGAUGCCCGGUACCAAAUUGCGUUGGACGAGAUGAAGCAGUGCGGCUACCGCAUACGUCCAGACUUUGACAACAAAUAUCGCUCACGACUCCAGCACGCAAAUUCGGCGCCAGUGCAGUCUGCACAGGUCUCUGAAGCCGAUCGUGUAUAUAUUGAAACGGGCGGAUUGAGUUCCUCCGAGCAGUAGUCUACGCAUGUUGGUAGCGCCACAUAGUCACAUCGGGACCAGAAUCCAUCAUCCUCGGUACCGUCACUCGGCACAGCCCCAAACUACUCUUAUCUCGAACGCGGUUUUAACCUCUACAAUGAGCGCACAAGUCCCAGACGCAGCGUUACCAGAUAGCGCAGCACCCAUUCCUCUAUCAUUCCCUGCAAUACUCCGUAACUCAGGCCUCCAAUCUCGAUUCGCACAUCUCAGUGAAUCUGCCGCUCCCAAGCCCAAACCCGCUCCUAAGAAGCUCAAGUCGCUACGUCGCAGCGACAAUGAGGGCAAGCGUUGGAUUCGGCGCCAAGAGAACGCACGUUUCGCGGGUAAUGCUUAUGUCGUCCAGCCGGGGAAAGCCGACUUGCAUCCCCCUCUCCCGAAUGCGCGCUCUACCUUCCCGGAGCCUCUCCCUGCCUACCUCACGCGCGACAAUAAGCUGCUGCCCAGUCAACCCCCCAUGCAAGAUCCUAAAUCGACCGACUGCGGUCGGUUCUCGUUGAGCCUGAAGGGCAUGCGCCGAGAUCUACGAAAGAUGGGUUUCCGCUCCCGGAUCCUUGUGCGAGAGAUCGAAACGGAAAUCUUGUGCUGGCUCGAAGGUGGCGUUGUGCUGGAUCCAGAGGGGGGUAUCCAAACCGAUAUACUCGAUGCUGUGGGGAGACCUGUCGGAGAAACGGGCUCGGUACUCGAGUUGACGCGGACGCCGCUGCAAUUAGUGUGGCGAAUAUCAGACGAUCCUUUUGCGAGAUACGUUGUGCACUGCACGGCCAGAUAUCACAAUAUUGUCAGCUUCAGCAAAGAGGUUUCGAACGCAGCAGGCGAUUCUCAGCGACUGACCUAUCUCCUGCGGCCCAAUGUUGUGCAUCCGGGCUAUCAUGCCGCCUCGGGACUGGACACGCCUCCAGCGACGGAUGCCGAGCUUUCAUCCCAGCACAGUGACUCGGAAUUUGCCAGCGACUUUGACGGGCAGUCUGACUUUGCGAUGUCUACUAUCGAGGAGACUCCUGCUUCAAGAUCUCCCUCACCGGCGACAGACGACGCCUGGUCUGUGGUCAACGGUGAAGAUGGCGCGAAUGAAACCAUUCGAGACGAGAGCAGCGUAUUGCAACACCGGAUGACGCGUCUGUCCUUGCGAACCAGAACGACAUGGGAGCAUGUGCGCUCAAGUUCCUCUCCAUCACGGUCGCCAGUCCGAGCCCCUGUCCGUCGCCCAGCUCGGCCUGUGCCGGCAGCGCAGCGGGCGGCACUUUUCUACGAUUUCUUGUUCCCUUGA